AUGGCGUCGCUACUUUCGCUCUCGAACGAGCAGAAAUCGCAGGUGCGCAACGCGUUCACUUUGAUCGACAGCGAGUCCAAAGACGGCAGUAUUUCGAUGUCGGAUUUGGCCAACAUCCACAAGACGUUGGGACUCGAGCUUCCUUCGACGGAGGUGUUGGAGUCCAUGCUAGGCGGCAAGGAGCUGGUUUCGUUUGCGCAGUUCUCGCAGAUCAUUGCCGGGGAGUUGGCGAAAAUCGACGACCGCACCACCAUUUCCAAUGCGCUCCGGGUGUUUGCGUCCGAGGACGCCAAGAGCAAUUUACUUAUAGAUGUAGAUGAGUUGAAAGAGGCGUGCUGCUCCGUGCAGCUCGGGGACAUUGGGUCUGGAGACCACCGCCUCAGCAGGGCGUCUUUUGACAGUCUUGUGGCGGGCUUUGUGCGCGAGCAGAUGGACGGGAAGAAGGUGUUCAAUGCGCUGAACUGGAUCAGCGCCUACAUUGAAUGA